UCGACCAUGUCCAAAGCAGAGUCGGCCAUCGAGUUCGCACACCAGGCCGAGCGUCUUGCACAGUACACACCUGAGCAGGAACGCAAGCGCCAUUCUGAUUCCACACAGGCAUCCGAAGCCAAAUUCGUGACAGCUCAGGAUCCUAUCAUUGUUACAGCUAGCGGCAAACGCUUGCCCGCUGUUCCUAUACACGAGGCUCUAAAGCUUAACCGUUUAAAGGACCAACUCGAGGAUCGUCAAUCUGAUGGCCGCAUACCCGUCAAAUACAGCACUCGUCAGGCUAGAGAUGGCACAACUCAUGGUAUCCUCGAAAACGAUUCUGCAAGCCCGAGCAGCGAACCUAGUGCGCCCCUUAGAGAAGCCGUGCCUCCGUCCCGAACGAAUCCCAUGUUCCCACCUCUUCCUACUUAUGGACCGCCGAGCAUCCUAAGGACACUGCACUGUUAUUUCUUCAGAACAACGAGUUCCGUCUUAUCAUUUCUAUUCCUUCUAGUUAUUGUUCUAGGCGCCGCUUUCACUAGCAUACCGCUCGCUUUCGAACACGUCCGAAUACGGUUCCAAUUCAAGAACCCUGACAAGAGACGACCUUUCUUUGAAGAAGAGCAACGGCGUAGAAAGGCUCGCGCUGAAUCUAACCGUAAGUGGGCCAGAGCGAAGCCUCCGACAAGUCCGGCUGAAGCAGAAACAUCACCGCCCCAGGAUGGCGAAUUUGUACCUACAGAAGGCGGUCCGGAUCCUUUGGUAUGCGAUGUUGGAUACUACGCUCGCCGUGUAGGCUUAGAUGUCGAAACGUUUGACGUAGAAACAGAAGACGGCUUCAUUAUCGAGCUAUGGCACGUGUAUAAUCCUCGAGAGUAUCGUCGACCAUCACCAGCUGCUCAUGGACCUUAUGGACCUGAGAUUUUCACGACCACUCCAUCUGAUCCCAGAUUUGGCGAGGCCGAACGUGCUUUCCCAGCAGGAAGCAAAAAGUACCCGGUCCUGAUGAUUCAUGGCCUCUUGCAGUCGGCUGGCGCAUACUGUUGCACUGACGAUGACAGUCUGGCUUUCUACCUUGCUAAGAGCGGUUAUGAUGUCUGGCUCGGCAACAACAGAUGCGGCUUCAAUCCCCGACAUACUCUACUCGAAUAUGCCGAUCCGCGCAUGUGGUCAUGGAACAUUCGCCAAAUGGGUGUCUUGGAUCUUCCAGCACUCAUUUCACGCGUGCUUGCAGAGACUGGCUUCCCGAAGCUGGGUCUGGUCUGCCACAGCCAAGGCACAACGCAAACUCUUGUUGCACUAGCCAAAGAGCAGCGUCCAGAUAUUGGUGAGAAGAUCUCAGUAUUCUGUGCAUUGGCCCCAGCAGCAUAUGCCGGGCCACUGAUUGGUAAAGCGUAUUUCAAGUUCAUGCGUGUGAUCAACCCCAACUUCUUCCGCUGCAUCUUUGGUAUACAUGCUUUCAUUCCGUUUAUGAUGCGGAUGCACAAGCUGCUUCCAGCUAAAUUUUAUGGCGCCAUGGGCUACCGUGUGUUUAGCUUCCUCUUCAAUUGGACAGACACCAGAUGGGAGAUUGACCUGCGCGAUCGCAUGUUCCAGUUUGCACCCGUUUAUGUCAGCGCUGAGAGCAUGCGUUGGUGGCUCGGAAGAGAAUGCUUUGCGAAGCAGAAGUGUAUCCUUGCUACGAAAGAGGAGGGGCACAUGGAAGACGAAGAGGAUGAGGAAGAGGAUGAAGUCAUUCGCCGUUACUACGAUGGCGAACACACCGACACCGAAAAAUCUCCCGACAGAGGCGAUCAAGAACGGCCUACCAGGGAUCAACCAGGGCUGCCACAUCAAGAUCGAGACAAGAGCGAGGAGCGCGGCAAAUACGCGUGGUACAAUGAACAGUUCCCUCCGCUAGCCAUGUGGGUAGCCGGGAACGAUGAUCUUGUUGAUGGUCGACGCCUCCUGAGGCGCUUUGAUCGUGGUCGUGAGCCACAUGUCAAUGUCGUGCACAAGAAUAUCAUUGAAGGAUACGAGCAUCUCGAUGUCAUCUGGGCCAUGGAUGUUAUCGAGAAGGUCGGCAAAGAAGUUAAGGAUGUCAUUUGGGCGACAGCGUCAGAGGAAGCACGCAAGCAGUGCCGCACCCCUGUUGGUUGUCAA